CUCCCCUCCCACGCCAUCAUCCCCCGCGGACAAUCUGAAGAGCGCAACGACCUCGAUCUCGUCCGUGGACGAGGAGGUGCCCCGCCUCGCUGGCCUCGGGCUCGGGGGAUUCGAGAGCAGCGCGCUGACGAUCACCCCGCAACACCCCAUGGCCGUUGUCGAGUCGCAGGACGCGGGCUCGAGGGCGGGGCGCAAGCCGAGUGUGUCGUCGCUGAACCCGAGCACGAGCCGUUUCACAUUGCGACUGCCGCUGCUGGGGCGGCCGAAAGUCCCCCUGGAACAGGCGGUGGCGAGUGCGCAGGCGGAGGAUAUCAGGGGGUCGUCCGAUAUGGGUGACACGGCGAAGGGCGAUGACGGGGGGAACGCUUCUGAGGGCGCUGCCAAGGAUGCAUCCGUUUCGAACGAGGAUAAGGAUAAGAUCGGCAAUGAUGGUGCGCCCGCUGCGCCGCAGAUUGUCAACAUCAUUCCACCUACCCCGGGGACGGAGCCUGCCGAUCAGACUGCUGUGCAGGAAGGUCACGAUAUGGCCAGGGCCAGGGAUGACUCGGGGAGGGUCUCUACCUCACGUCCGGCCUCGUGGUGGGAUUACAUCGGAUGGAAUGGAACCGGGCACCCUCCGGAUGGGCAUCACAAGCCGUCACAAGACAGCAAGGAGUCCGAGGAUACGAACGGGGUUGUGGAGACGAAGGACGACACGCUUGCUAGCACAGAGGCGCAGAUAGCACAGCCGGCCGAACAGUCCUCUAUUCAGAGUCCUGAAACCUCCACGGCAAAAUCCCAGGACGCGCCAACGAACCCGCAGCGAGACGGCGACACAUCUCCGCCGACGCAACACGAUCCCCAAGACGCGACGUCUGAUAAGAAGCCCUCGUCGAUCCUCUCAGCCGAGACCGUAAGGAGCCAUGGCGCAUCGUGGUAUUCUCCUUGGGCGUGGUACUACUCCGCCAACGCGUCCGACGUCGACGCUACUCAGGCUUCUGGUGAAGGCCCUGCUGCGAAACCCACUGACACGCCGCCGAAGACCGACGCCGAACAGAUCAAGGCGGAUGCGCUCGCCCGCGAUCAAGAGCAGAACGCUCAAGCUCAAGCCCAAGCUCCCCUUGCGGUCCCUGCAGAGUCAGAGUCCCUUGCAACCCAACCAGAACGCGAUGCGACGCCCGAGCCGAGUAAUCCGAUUCAGUCAUCUGUGACAGAGAAUAAGUCUGGAUGGAUGUCUUUCUUCAUGUCUAAAGCUCUCACGACCAAGAUGCUCUCAGAGACGGCGUACGACAAGCAGGAAAAUGGCAUGGAAGUCAUGGAGAUUGACGAUGAUGAACCUGAUCCGUCGGUCGCAGUCGAGGUGCCUCUUGGCGACGACAAGACGGCAGCGAAAGCGAAGGACAUUCAAGGACCAUCCAAGGAGAAGCCAUCUCCGCUCCUUCUCUCCAGCUCCCCGAAGCCUUCGUCCCCCACUCCAUCCUCCUCCAUCCCAAGAUCUCCCAAGGCGCCGAAGUCUCCAACGACCAAAUCCCCACAAGUCCCCACGAAGGAGCGGGAGCCGAAGAAACCCGAGGCCAAGAAACCCGAGUCCGCCCCGCCUCUGACGGACUCCGAUUCCAUCAAGCGCGAGGCGCAGCGGGCUCCGCGCGCGCCCUCCCCGGCCCCAUCCAAGGCUUCUGCAGCUACGACUCCGCCAGGUAGCGCGAAGCCGGUGCAGCCGAACUUUGUCCUCCCCACGUGGGCAGACACGUUCCACACCCCGCCUCGAGCGUACCCCCUGCCAACGCGCGCCCCGAGCGCGAAAUCAAAGCUGACGGGCGCGCUGUCGUAUGUGGCGGGGGCGCUUUUCUCCGGCGGAGACGCUGCCGGGUCGAACAGCGCCAAAGGUAAAGGUAAAGGGAAGGCGCGGGCGAGGGCGCGGAGCGUCGACAAGGAUCGCAGGGAUGCGUUCGGAAUCUGGCCUGUGACAGCAUCCUCGCCACAGGCACAGACUGAGUUCGUGGCGUAUGGGCAGGAGCUACCGAAGGCGCUGGACGUGGUGGGCGAAGCAUUGAACCCGUACAUACUCAAUGGAGGGUGCAGGGUCGUCGUGAUCGGCGUCGCUGGUUGGUCGCCUGGUGCAGUGACACGGACGCUUGCUGGAGGGCUCCCGUCUUCGAGCAGUAAGUUCGUCAACAUGACGGUCCAGGCACUCGAGCAGUUCGCGGAGGAGGGCGGCUUCAAAUUCAAGAAGAUUACGCCCAUGCCACUCGAGGGGGAUGGCACUAUCCGUAAGAAGGUCUCCAGGGUUUACAACCACCUGCUAGAGAACGACGAAUGGAUGGAGGACUUGCACGCCGCCGACGUUAUCUUCGUCGCCAGUCAUUCGCAGGGCGCCGUUGUCUCUACACAUCUCCUUGAUCGCCUGAUAGAAGAUGGACACAUUCUGACUUCACGCAGUGUGGAGACUCUGGCGAAGACUGCUGCUUCGAUCUCUGCAGGUGGUGCUGCUUCUAUCCCUACAGCUCAGGCACAGAGAGUUUGUCUACUCGCGCUGUGUGGUGUUCAUUUGGGGCCUUUGCGAUACCUGAAGACCAGUUCCCUGCUGCAGCAGUACGUUCAGUACGUGGAGAACGCUGCCGCCCGAGAACUAUUCGAUUUCCAGGACACGGAAUCUAAAGUGUCGAAGAAUUACACCGGUGCCCUUAGAAACGUCCUGGAUCACGGCGCCAAAGUCGUGUACAUCGCAUCAUUGAACGAUCAAGUCGUACCUAUAUAUUCCGGACUAUUCACUGCGGCAUCUCAUCCUCGUAUACUGCGUGCUCUAUACAUUGACAACGAUGCAUAUCACUCUUCUGACUUCCUUUCUAACCUAUUGAUCCUUCUAAUCCGCAUACGCAACGCGGGGCUGUCAGAUCGAGGUUUGCUUGCGCACUUAUCGGAAGCAACCGCGGGGACGCUCAACGGGGUCGGACACUCGACCGCCUACGAAGAGCCUGCGACAUAUACUCUUGCGGUGAAGUACUUCUUCAUGACCAACGAUGGCGCCAACUCCGACGCGGAACUUGUAAUCGAUCCAUUCAAUGCAGUGGAGGAACAAAACGAUUACGAGAUCCCAUGGCUGCUCCGCGAUAUGAUCGCAGAUAACAAGAUAUCGUACUUCUUCGCACGCGAGUUCGCGCAGUUACGAGACGCCUUCAACGACUGGCAGCCUAAGACAACCAUUCUCCGUGACGUGAAGAAGAAGCUGCAACCAAUCACACGGUUGUCGACAACCGCCCCGCAAACGUCUAGUUCUAUAAGCAAGCUCUGAUGUCCGCCCAAUGCACUGCUAUUGUGCUCCACACACUCCCGAUACAUCGUACCGAGUCGCGGACAUUGCCAGAGGUGUAGAGAGCGCACGGACUUUCAUGCUCGAUUUGAUUUCAUUGUGGGACACAAUCAUGUAUAGCACGCUGUAGAAAUUUUCAUGUAGAGUACAUCAACAAUCG